UAUGUACGAGGACAGGGUUCCAGUUCCACACACACGGUCCCUGCCCUAUAAAAGCCCUUUACCUCUGCCGUCCAAUCUCGAUCAUUCAGAGCAGCACCACUCAGGGCUUAAUCAUGAAAUUUGUGGCUCUUGCACUAACUCUUCUCCUGGCUUUGGGUUCCCAGGCCAGUUUCCUCCAGGCUGAUGCUCCCUCCCAGCUGGAGCACUACAAGGCAGCAGCCUUGGUGUAUCUGACCCAGGUCAGGGAACAGGCCCAAAAAGCUCUUGAAAACUUGGACGGUACUGACUAUGAGCAAUACAAGGUGAAACUUUCAGAGAGCCUCACCAAACUACAGGAAUAUGCCCAGUCCACCUCGCAGUCUCUGACGCCCUACACAGAGAGCUUCUCCAACCAGUUCUUGGAGACCACCAAGCAGCUGCAGGAGCGCGUCAUGACCGAUAUUGAAGAACUCCGUACCAAACUGGAGCCCGCCCGCGCCGAGCUGCACGUGGUGCUGGAGAAGCACAUGGAGGACUACCGUCAGAAGCUGGAGCCCGUCUUCCAAGAGUACCUGACCCUGAAUCGUGAAAACAGCGAGAAGCUGCGUGCCAAGCUGCAGCCCAUGAUGGAUGAGAUGAAAGAGAAGAUUGAGACCAAUGUUGAGGAGACCAAGUCUAAACUGAUGCCCAUGGUGGAGGCCGUACGCACCAAGCUGACCGAGCGCCUGGAGGAGCUGAGGACCAUGGCUGCCCCAUAUGCGGAGGAAUACAAGGAACAGCUUGUGAAGGCUGUUGAGGAGGCCAAGGAGAAGCUUAACCCACACACCCAGGACCUGCAGACCCGUGCGGAGCCUUACGUGGAGGAAUUUAAGGCCAAGUUUGCAGUUUGGUAUGACACCAUUGCCAAAGCCAUCCAGGAACAAAUGUAAGAACACAGCAAGGACUCUGCACAUAGAUACUCGCGAGCAACAAAAACAACAAAUGUUUUGAGUAUGUUCUCUGUGUAUGUAGAUACAAGGCAUGUGUGUUUUGUGUUUGAAAUGCUCAUGUUAAAUAAAAUCCUUGUGAUGUAAUGCAAGCAAAUAAAAAAAACGAUCAUAA